GGACACGAGAUAAUGAGACCACCACCCAGAGUCCACUAGAUGAUAUAAGCCCUGCCCAACUCUUUGAGUGUCUCCAUUUACGUCUUAAAAGAUGAACAACACAUCCUAUUUCAAACAUUUGAAAGAAUCUCGAUUCAGUUGAUUCACUUACUAUCACAGCGUCUUCCCCAUCAUGCCAGGCGAUUCGGACGGCUCUGCGUUGGUCCGGGACUUCGAGACCAUCAACCGGGAGGACAUAGCUAUUGUUGGGGGUAAGAAUGCCUCCCUAGGCGAAAUGAUCGGUGGUUUGAAGAGCAAGGGAGUAGUCGUUCCCCCAGGGUUCGCCACAACAUCAGAGUGCUACUGGAACUUCGUAAACUUCAACAACAUCAAAGAUAAACUCGGAAAUCUGAUCCAAGUAUGGCAAUCAGGCAAGGCCACUCUUGCAGACACUGGCAAACAAGCUCGCGACCUGUUCCUCAAGGGGGACUGGCCUGUUGAGGCCAAGGAUGCCAUCAUAUCGGGCUACCGUCGGUUGUCAAAGAAAACCGGACUCGAAAACAUUGCCGUUGCCGUACGUUCCAGUGCCACAGCUGAGGAUCUCCCAGGCGCAAGCUUUGCUGGCCAGCUUGAGACGUUUCUGAACAUCUCGGGCGAGCAGGCCUUGCUCACCGCUUGCCGAAAAUGCUAUGCCUCAUUGUUCACUGACAGAGCAAUCUACUACCGACAGACGAGAGGGUUCGACCACAUGAAAGUCGCAUUGUCGGUUGGCGUCCAGCAGAUGGUCCGAUCGGAUCGUAGCGGUUCUGGCGUCAUGUUUUCCAUUGACACAGAGAGCGGUUGCGACAAGAUAAUUCUCAUCAACGCGGCAUGGGGUCUGGGGGAGAAUGUUGUCCAAGGUACUGUCAAUCCAGACGAGUACCAGGUCUUCAAACCCUUUCUCGACCGUCCUGGAGUGGUACCCAUUAUUGAGAAGAGGCUGGGCGACAAGGAAAGGAAGAUGAUCUAUAGUGAGGGUGAACAGACCACGAGGAACGUCCCUACAUCGAAAGCGGAACGAUCGAGUCUGGUGCUCAAUGACGAGGACAUCCUGCAGCUCGCCAGAUGGGCUUGCACGAUCGAAAACCACUAUGGCGGACCCAUGGAUAUGGAAUGGGCCAAAGAUGGUAUCACCAAUGAAGUUUACAUCGUCCAAGCUCGACCGGAGACGGUGCAAUCUGCUCGGAAAGUGGGAACCUUCCACGAGUAUUCGGUGGCCGACAAAGGCCAGACACUGACCACUGGCUGCUCCAUCGGCGAUGCAGCGGUGGCAGGACGCGUAUGCGUCAUUGAAUCUCCUACGGAUAUUGAUUCAUUCCUUGACGGAUCGAUUCUGGUAACCGAAACCACAGAUCCUGAUUGGGUUCCUAUCAUGAGAAAGGCAAAGGCCAUUGUCACUGACCAAGGAGGUCGCACGUCGCAUGCUGCCAUCGUUAGUCGAGAACUGGGCAUCACUGCGGUGGUUGGCACCGGCAACGCCACGUAUAUCCUCCAUACUGGCCAGGACAUUACCGUAUCCUGCGCAGAAGGCGAGACCGGUUUCGUCUACGAAGGCAUAGCCAAGAUUAGCUCCAAGACAGUGGACGUUUCCAAAUUCCCGCGCACAAAGACAGAGGUCAUGAUCAACCUAGCGGACCCGAGCGCCGCGAAUCGUUGGUGGCAAUUGCCAUGCGAUGGCAUCGGUCUGGCGCGAAUGGAGUUCGUCGUGAGCAAUCAUAUUCGCAUCCAUCCCAUGGCGCUGGUCCACUUUGAUCAGGUGAGAGACGACGCGGUCAAGGCAGAGAUUGAAAAGAUUACCACAGGGUACAAAGACAAGUCACAGUACUUUGUGGACAAACUCGCACUCGGUCUCGCACGUCUAUGCGCCGUGGCAUAUCCAAAGCCGGCCAUCAUUCGACUGUCCGAUUUCAAAACCAAUGAGUAUGCAAAUCUCAUUGGCGGUGCUCAAUACGAGCCACAGGAAGAGAACCCAAUGAUUGGCUGGCGUGGAGCUUCCCGAUACUAUUCUCCAGGUUACAAGGACGGGUUUUCUUUGGAAUGCAAGGCUAUCAAGAAACUGCGAGAGGAAUUGGGGUUCGAGAACGCCGUGGUCAUGGUUCCAUUCUGCCGUACCGUCCAGGAGGCCAUCAGGGUCCAGAACGAAAUGGGAAACCAUGGGCUGAACCGCGGCGAGCAUGGGCUGAAAGUAUACGUCAUGUGCGAGAUCCCUUCGAACGUGAUAUUGGCGCACGAAUUCGCCAAACAUUUCGACGGCUUCUCCAUUGGCUCCAACGAUCUUACACAGCUCACUCUCGGCAUCGACCGUGACUCGGGAACACUCGCAAGUCUGUUCUCCGAACGCGAUGAAGCGGUCAAGUGGUUGAUAGCACAGGCCAUUAAGAGGGCUCGCGAGGCUGGACGCAAGAUAGGACUCUGCGGACAGGCUCCUAGCAAUGAUCCCUCAUUUGCGUCCUUCCUCGUGGAGUGCGGCAUCAAUUCCAUCUCUGUGAGUCCUGGCAGCUUCCUUGCGGUGAAGCGUAACGUUGCCGCAGCGGAAGCGGAAGCGAAGGGUACGUCGGGUGGUGCGGUGGAAUCGUAAGGUUUGGGUCUCUGUCCAGGUACAUGUACGAGUAUUUCACGG